AUGGCACCUGGGUUCAAUACCAAAUCUCCCACUAUGAAGCGCAUCAUGAAAGAAGCCGCGGAACUCUCACAGCAUCCCUCUCCAGACUACACAGCUUCUCCGGCCUCAGAUACCGAUUUGUUCGACUGGCACUUCACACUACGUGGCCCUCCAUCCUCAUCUUUCGCUGGUGGCAUUUAUCACGGGCGCAUCGUUUUACCUCCUCAAUAUCCCCUGCGACCUCCUUCAUUCAGAUUUCUUACGCCUAGUGGAAGGUUUGAGGUGAAUCGUGAGAUCUGCUUGAGUAUAAGUGGGCACCACGAGGAAACAUGGCAGCCUGCGUGGGGAAUACGAACCUCAUUGGUAGCCCUCAGGUCUUUUAUGGAGACGAGUCCUGCGGGACAAUUAGGAGGGGUUGAUGCGAGCGAUAGUGUUAGGAAAAGAAUAGCGGGAGAGAGUAGAGGAUGGAAGUGCGGGGUGUGUGGAGGAAAGAGCUGUGAAGAAAUUUUAGGAGAAGCAGAGCAACUUGCGAAAGAGUUCGAGGGUGAAGGGGUCAGUUUCAAGACAGAAGAAGCCACGGUCCCACCUGAGAUACAAAUGGGAUAUAAGAAGGAGACUAUAGAGGGAAAGGAGGCAAGCCGAAACAUAGACGAAUGGAACAGUAAGUCCGCCGAGGACACAAGUUCGGUUGAGAGGAAAUAUACACCUGCGAGUCCAGCACAAACGGUACCCCAACCUACGGCUACGAUACCAGUUCCUCCUCAAAUACUCCAGCCUCAACCCCAACCCCAACCCCAAAGGCAAAUGGCACAGGCCCAUGUACGGUCAAAUGAUGGUGUACCCGGGCUUAGUAGGCCUGGAUACACUGGCUUUGAAUCCAUCGUACCUGACUUACCCGACUUUUUGGAAGAUCCUGGGCUUCAGAAUUUCAUCAAAAAUAUUCACAACGCUGUGAAGAGGAAUGCUUUUUUAAAAGGUGUCGGCACUGAGUGGGAUCUCGGUGAUGCAGUUUAUGAUUACCACAAAUCGAGUGGGCCCGUUCAUGAUAAGUAUGGAGAUUUGAAGUUAUAUUUUGACCAAAAUCCUGCCUAUGAUGGCACUUCACCGAAAGUAGGGGCUCCAAGAUAUUUUAACGAUUCCCAAUUAAAGCAAAGAUACCACGAUUUGUUUUGGGGUCCUCACAGCAUUGACUCAAUUUCAAAGAGCAUUUCAGAGCACUUGGGGGGAACUGUAGAGGAUCAGUUAAUUGCUUUCUUAACACCGCAACCCAAUGUUGAGAACCAUGUUUUGAGUGGCUUUAUAAACUACCAGGGAGAGGGGAAAAAAGAUUUCCUACCUGUCAAAAACCCUCUCGAUGGUUAUGACAGGCUACACUUAAUCCAGGAUAUUGUUGCUGCAUCCCUAUCCUUUCAUAUUUCGAUAAGAAUCUUGAAAAACCCCUUCUUCUUCAUGGAUAACCCAGAAGAGUUUCUUGAUCUGGUUUUGGGUCUUGAUCAGGCUUGGGGUCCAGGAAAUGAUAUGGACUUGCUCUAUCAUAGUAUCAUGUAUAAUCAAUCUUCAGGAAAACUGAUUGUUGCAAGAUGUUUGAGGUCAAAUACUCUUAGAAUGCUCAGGCCCAAAGAACAUGAUGCUGAAAGUACGAGCAUCACAAAGACCACAAAUGAUUUCAUUCAGCUUGUGACAUCCCGACGGGCUAGACAGUGGAUAAUAGCAGGAGAGUUGACGGUUGAUGCUUCAUCCAUGACAUGGACUGAGAUCAAGAUCUCGACAUUAAAGGAUUUCAGAGCUCCUGCCUUUGAGCCCCCUGGUGGCUUACUUUAUGGAAACAACAAACCUACGAAUUGGAUGUCCAGAAAGGGAAAUGAUGCUCCCACAAUGAUCACAGUACCUUCUCAGGACCUGAGUAACGAACGCAAGGCAUUAGAAGCAUAUGGAAGCGAAAUUCGGCUCCUCAAAAGUCCACUGGUAGAAAAUAUUCAUGCCAAAAUUCCUAUUGUUGACAAUCUGAAGCCCGAAUCCAACCCACAUUAUGUCCAGCACAAUUACGAGAGAGAUGAAGAACAGAGGGAAAAGCAGAAGCAAGAAGUAGAAUAUUACAAAAACAAGUUGUUGAAUGGACUACAAGAGUCGCUACAAAGCGGAGCUGGGAGGAAAGGAAAAGAGAAGGAAAGGGGAGGAGAAAAGGGGGAAAGUAAUAUUCCGAAGGGAGGAGAUGAAAAGCAAAGGCAGGAGGUAGAAGAUUACACAAAGAAAUUGUUAAGUGGGCUCUUUGGAAAAACACAGGAAGGGCUAGAACAGGGGAUUGGGGGUAAGGAGAAGGGGAUAGACAAGGGGGGGAAUCAAGUGGAAAGUGAAAUAGAGAAGGCGAGGAUAAACAAGGAAAUAGACAAAAGAUUGAAGAAAAUAGAGGAAGAGGAAGAGCAGAGCCGGAAGCAACAAUCGAAGUCAAAAAUUCCUUCAACACAGCUCCAAAAAGCUUCUAAAUCUUCUAAAACUGUUGGAGCAACGGCACAGGAGAUUGGGACCACAGGAAAACAACCCGCAGAGCUCAAAGCUAAGAACACUGAACAAACCUCAGCGAGCAAACCUAGUGAUGUUGCGGAAGGAGGAGAUGCGAAAGAUAAUCGUGGGCCACCUCCCCCUCCUCCUCCUUCUCCUCCACCUCCUAGAUUGCGUGGCUUCAUGAAUGUCAGGACCUUUGGGAGAGAAAUGUGGAUAUUGAUCGUGUGGCUUACCGAAUCGGCCCUGUAUUAUAUUCCACUUGUCCUAUUCUUGUUCGGACUUCCGGCUAUGCUGAUGUGCGUUACUUACACCCGAACCUUUCAACUAGGCGACGAAAAGAUCCACUGGGGCUUGAUACCUGAUUUGUGGGAUGCAUUCCUCCAAUUUACCAUGGCUUCCCUGCGGAAAUCAAUUGACUUUUUCGUCACUAUCGCUGAUUGGUUGAGAAUUCCCCUUGACUGUCGAGUUUCAGCGUGGACUACAGUCACUGGUUCUGUCACUUUAUGGUUCGUAACCUUCGCUAGCUGGUGGAUCUGGGCCUCUGCUUUUAUCAAGACUUUCAUGAAAUAUAUGUCCGACUUGCAGGAAUUUAUUAUGGAAAAGAUAAUUUCCCCAAGAGUAUGGUCUAAACUUCCUACCUACAAUGCUAAAGAAUGGAGACACAUAAUGCGCUUCAUCAGAUAUUUCGGCGCCUUUGUCACCGUGGCUAUCUUCGUCCUCUCUACUUCACCUAUGUGGGAUGUCCUCGUUACCAUUAUUGUCCAUCAAAUUUUAAAUUUGGGUCCCGCAUAUCGCGCGUUUAAGUAUAUUACUCGUUGCGUCUCUAACUUACCGUCAAUCUUACCACCCAUGAUGAAACUCUUUAAGACUGUUAGAAAGGGUUUGAAGACCAUAUUGCAUAUCUCCAAAGUCUUCUCUUCGAUAUCGGAAGGAUUAUCAGGUAUUACCGGUAAUACGUCCAUUUCGAUAACACCAGAACCAGAUCCAGGACAAUAUACAUCAGAUGCAAUAUUAGAACUUGGAGAUAGACUAUCAUUAGAGGACAGCCCCAUAUCUACUACAGAGACUCCAUUUCUAGAAGUAUCUUUUGAUCGAGCCAAAGUAUCAAUGUUCGCAAGUUAUAUAUUAGUCCUCCUAUUUGCAUUCGGCUUUUAUAUGUCUCUACAUCGCUAUUUCCAUGCCUGGAGUCAGGUGGUUGUUGAAGAAGCGUCACUGCCUCCAGACGAGAUACCCCCUCCAGCAGGGUCCCCCCCCCCUUUGGGUGCUACAGGUCAGGCUCUGCCGCACUCCUCUAGCUCAUCGUCCGACGGCUCUGGUCCUGACUCCACCGAUAACUAUCAUUUCCCACCACCACUGAACCGACUGUCAUCAAUAAGCAACUUACUUAUCUAUACGCAUCGUCCACUCGCAAUUCUUCGUCAUUCAUUCGCAUAUUUUAGCAACCUACUUACUUAUAUUUCUCGUCCGUUCGCAUAUGUCCGUCGCCGACUCACCAUGUUCAUUGAUUACCAUCUCCCGCCUCCACUGAGCCGUAUUCGUCUUCCCUUUGCAUAUAUUCGCUGGCUACUCACCGAGUUUGAAGAUUAUCGUUUUCCAAGGCCCCCACUGCACCGACCACCACUGAUAAGCAACCUAAUCACCUAUGUUCUUCAUAUAUACGCAAUAGUUGGUCGACUCUCCGCAGACACGAGUCAACAAUUCGCACAGCAAUUCUUAUCUAUGCGCAAUUUCAUAACUUCCUAUAGGACUUCUCCCCUCCAAGGAAUUUUCGAUGCACUAGAAGCCCAAUACGCGUUGAUUGUUCGCACCAAGGAAGUGUUACUUUACGCCCGUGAUUUAAUCAUUCCUUCGACAGUUUUGUUGUUAUUUACGUUACUGGGCUGGGAAACAGAGUUCUUCGCGGUCAGGGGCUACAAUCCCUAUGCUCUUACGGCUAUCCGCGCUAUCCGCUCUUAUUUCUGA